AUGCCCGACAAUGAUUGCUCCCGUUGUUCCGCCGAGAAAAACAAACCCGCGCGCACGUGCGACGAACAGAAAGAAGUGAGUGUUAACGUUUAUCUACUGACGCGUAAGUAAUUCUCCGAUAUCAAGUGGAUUGCGGUCGCCGAUAAGUAAAAAAAAAAAAAAAGAUAGCCUUUUUAAUCGAAAAGCUAAACGAAACUGUUGGGUUUGAGUAUGACUGAUUUCGAUGGCGGAUUUGGAUUGAUUAACGGAUUCACCGAUGGGCUUCGGAGGCGAUUUUAAAUAUUCCAAAAAUUGUACAUGUGUGAGAAUAUCACUCAAAUAGAAAAAUACUAUAUUUUUGUUCAUCGAUGUGACAGUUGAAAACCAAAAAUAGAUAACGCCUCCGUCAUAUUGUAACCGGUAAACUAGUCAAAUCAAUUUGAAUCCGUUUUUAAAAUAAUUAAAAUUCAGUCAAACCUCAAUCCUUGUCUGCAAAAAAAAGAAUAAACCCGGCGCCGCACUCCUUUCCCUUCAAUGGGUAUCGGACAGUAGAUUAGAGGAAAAGUUUUAUCAUUAAAAUGUAAAUAUGUUUUUAAAUAUUUUACGAAAUCGGAGAGAAUUUUUGAAAACUGACUCCAUCCCCUCAUCAUAUACGAGAAUAAAAAAAAUAAAUAAACUAUAGCAUGUUGUGUUUUUUUUUCAGGUACUUUCGUCUGUGGUAGACGAUUAUUAUCCGUGGGGGAAACCGGGUCAUGGGGCUCCCAACGAAGACGGCCUUCGGAAAAGGAAAAUAUUUACAGAUCCCCCGUCUCCUCCUUGGAAGGUAUGUGCACUGUAUAAUAAUAUUAAUAUUAAUCGGAUCACUAUUCACAAUCAACGUUUUCAUGAAAGUUGUUUUGAAUUUAGGUAAUAAUAAUUAUUAUUAAUUUAAUUUUAGAUUCUGAGCGUAGCAUUUUUCUAGAUGCGGAGCGGAACGAGCGAUCUUUUGGUUUUAUUCUAUGUGUGUGUGGGUGUGUGUGUGUUUUUUGUGUAUGUGAGCGAUUUUCCGAUCAGAAAACUUGCUCCAACCGAAACGUGACAAUAGAUUUUUACUUUUUGAAUUUUCAAUCAAGUUCAUUCAUUUGGGGGUCAAUUUUUUUUUAGGAAUAAUUAAGAAAAACCGGAACCGUAGGGAAGACAGAAAAAUAUUUACAGGGCGCCGUGGCAUUACCAAAUCAUUAUUUUUAAUUUUUUCGAUUUAUGUUUUCUACCCAGAAUUGUUCUGCAUUCUAUAUUUGCGAGUUUUUUGUAUAGUUUUUAAUUAAUAUUUAUUAUGUGGAUAAAAUUGUUUGACCAAACAGAAAUGCUUAACAAUUUAACAGUAGGGUCAUUAUAAAUUGUAUUUAAUGGCCAAAAAAAAAAAAGUAGAGUGUAAUGUGGUAGUAAUUUUUUUGAAAUGUAUUAUUAUUAUUGUUGUUUAUUUCUUCGAAAAGAUAAUGGGUCCCACUGAAGAGGUUCGUGUGGGGGCCCAUAAGUUCACAAUUUAUAAUGAGGAAAAUAUUGCAUUCAAAUAAAAAUUUAAAUUUAACUUUUUUUUUUACAAUUUUAGACUUAACUAACUUAUAUAUGUACAAUGUAGUUGACUACAAUUAAUACACGGAGACUUAAUGUAUAAUACAGUUUGAUAAAAUAAAAACGCAAGCAACUCGAUUAAAGAUAUAUAAAUAUUUAAAGUUUAAAAUUUGGUUCAUUUUGCAGGCAGUCAGUUUUUUUUUUAAAAGUAUUGAACGAUAGUUGUUUUAAACUCUAAUGGUAGCAUACUAUAUAUUUUGGUCCUAUAUAUAUAAGUAAGUAGAUUGAGUUAGUUUUCUGUACAUUAAGGGAACAGUAAUGUUUGAUAAUUGUCUUGUGUUAUAUUUAUGAUCAAUAAUAAAUGUUAGGUUAUUUUUAAUUAUAAAAAUUACUGAUGCCUUAUAGAACAUUUAACAUUUAAUUCUUUGUACAGAUAUUUAUGAAUUUUGAAUUCAAAUUUUUGCAGUAAAAUUACGGCAUUUCAGAACAUGUGUAAUUGAAUUUCGCUCAGAAUCGUUUCUCGUUCGCAAUAGUUAUUAUGAAUACAUAUUUUUUAAAACAUCAUCGUAGAAACCAUUCGUUUUAUUUGAUGUAUUCCAUUGAUAGUAUUAAUCAUUUCCAUGCUACACGAAUUUGUAUUUUAUUGUUACUACUCGUGAACCGUUAUAACUGAAAAUGCAUGUUACUGCAGACUAUAUUAUUAUGUGCCAAGUUACGGAAAAAAAAAAAAAAAAUCAUAUAAUAUGUUACAUAUUAUAAUGCAUUAAGGAGAUAUUUUAUUAAUACUGUGUGUUUGUGAAUAUUAAUAAGCAAUAAAAAAAAAAAAAGGGAAUAUGUUAUAAUAGGUACAGACUUUGUAAACGGGUUGGCCACUGUUUCGGGUAGCGUGCCACAUCAAGAACGCAUGCCAGCAUUUUAUUAUUGUUAUUUUUAUUUUAAAUCAAAAACAACGACAAGUCAUUGCAUUUGAAAAUUGAUUUUAUGACUUGAGUUACUAGUAUACAGUUGAUUUAAUGUUUAGAUAGGGUAUUAUAACUGGUAUAAGUACUCGAAUAAUUUCUUUCGGAUAUACCUUUAUUUUUUUAAUAUUAAUAAUGUAUUAUAACACAGAUUCUUAAAUAUUUAAAUCGCUUAUUAUUUAAUAAAAUGCGAAUAGUUGUUCUACUCAUUAAAAUGCAGUUUCGUGUACACAUAAUUAUUUAUCGUACAGAUUCAUAUGUAUUACAUAAAAAAAAAAAAAAAAAAUAAUAAAAAAUGUACAUAUAUAUAUAUAUUUGUAUAAAAAGCAGUCUUUAUUAUCGUACAGCAAUCGUGUUGAUUAAAUAUUAUAGAAUGUAAUUUAAAUUAUUAUUAACUUUCAAAAAUUUCUUUUAAACAUCAUAAUAAUAUUAUAAUAAUCAUAGUAGGGAAGUAUCCGCACCUACUUACUCGAUAAUAAUAUUUAAAUACACAGACAGGUACUUGUCGUUUAUAUAAUAAUAUUUUAUUAUAAUAUGUCAAUAGUGUUAAUUCGUCAUGAUGGACCAGGAAUGGCAUUAUUUUACGGCGUAGGUUAGAUUAUCGCUAUACAAAUACUUACUUACACUAAAUAAACAAUGGGAAAAAAAAAUCUUCUUUCUCCAUUUUGACUUUAUCCCACGCGAGCGGGGUCAGCUACUGUUGUUUUUGUCCUUCGCAUUAUUCAUGCGGCAUAAGCCUGUACAGGCACCGUGGGUAUAACAAUAUAUUAUAUUCAUAUCUGCAAUAUUAAUCGAAUCGCACAUUUUUGUUUUAAGUAUACGUUUGUAUUUAUGUUAAUUAAGCAAAAUUACAUAAUAUUAUUAUAACCUAUUUUUUUUUAUUUGAAUAAUGAUUACUAUGUAAUGUUCAGGAUGUCAGUAACGAAGUGACGAAAAUGGGAAGACAAGGAGGCGGCGCACCUCUGAAAACUUCAUCAGGAAAGAUGAAAAACUUUCGGAUCGAGGAUCCACAACUCAGAUUUCAAUUUCACGCUCCCGACAGAAACAUGGUUGAAAACGAUAUAAGAUACAGAAUGCCGAUAAAAGACCAAAAGGCGUAUAAAAUGGAACUAGGUGAGAAUUCGAAAUAUUUGUGAUAUUUACAUUAAAAUCAUCUAUAAUAAGUUGUAUAUUAUCUUAAAAUCGGAAGUUCUGGGAGACGUGUUACAAAUGAACAUUAUAAACUCGCAUAUUAUUAUUUUUCCAGAUGAAUUGGUCAGAGAAAAACAAGAAAUUGUCGAAGAGAAUCGCAGAAAAGAAAUUAUUAAAGAUAAGCAAUUGGUAAGUUAAUGAUAAUAGUCAUUUAAAUAUUUAAAAUACUGUACAUGUUUGAUUGGGUUAGUAUUAAAUAAAAUUAUUAUUAGAAUUCAAUCGCAGAUCCCUGGGGUACACCGUGCCCAGGGGGUGUUAUUUGGAGAGAUCCAAAAAGUAUUGGAAAAAACUUCUUUCAAUCGUUGGUAACAAUAUUUCUAAACGUUGAAUAAUAUAACAUUAUAUUUGUAUCUUCAAGCCAGUUCUAUAUUAAUUGUAUGCUUUAAAAACUUUUAACUUUUUUUAAAGCUUUUUGUUAUUUACAGAUAAAUAAUAAUUAUUAUAAUUAUUUUUGUAAUAUUCUUUAUACUUCCAUAAUAUUUUAUAACUAUUUUAUAAGCUUGAGCUAAUGGCUUUAAUAAUGUUUUUUUUGUUUUGCCGUUUUUGACUUGGUAUAAACAAGCGUCUUACAUAUUUGCAUGUGAACUAUAAUAUGGGCGUAUUGCUUAUGCAUUGCUUUAAAAAUUAUUUUAAAAAUAAUUAAACAGAUUUAUUUUACUUUUAGGGAUACGUGGACGGCAAGAUAUUAAAAUUGGGAUCGCAUCCGAAUGACGUAGAGAUCCUUGAUGAUAAUAUUGUAAUAUUUACAAAAUAUUAAUAUUAAUAUUAAUAUUAUUAUUCACCAUAGGUUUAUAUCUAGUUAUGUACACUUAUAUAGUUGUCGGAAAUCGGGAUAUCAAAUUAUAACAUUUGAAAAAUAAUCCUUUUUAAAAUAUUAUGUGUGUCAAACUGGGAACGUUUCGUGACUGUUACUAACGAAUAUUGUCUUGGUACAUUUAAAAGUAUUAGCUUGAAUAGUUGAAAGCAGACGCAAUACUUAUCAUAGGCGUGACUAGACUUUAACCGCAGCGGCAGCCUAGCUAAUGACCGGCGCCACAUAAUAAACCGAAAAAUAUAUCCCCUUUAAAUAGGGGGGGAAGGUUAAUCUCCCCCAAUUAAAUAUUUAUAUAGUUUAAAAAAGUUUGUAUUAUCUGUUUACAAUUAAUAAUGUACAAUGUUUUCGGUACCUUUAAAUUUAACUACAGAAUUAUCAUUCAGGUCUGAAUUACACCGUCAUAUAGAUAAAUAAUUAACAAAAUAUGUGAUGUAUUAGUAUAUAGAAUAACAAAAUUGAUAGACUGAUAGAGAAUAAUGUUUAGUUAUAAACAAUGCACAAAAAUUGUUUUUUUUUUUUUUUUUUAAUAAAAGUUGUAAGCUACUAAACAUAUAAUUUGGUUGACCGGCGCCUUUUGAAGAUUGCAGGGGUAGCCCAGGCAACCUAGGCUGCCAUCGUAGACACGCUUAUGAUACAUAUUAAGAUUAUUUAAAAUUAAAUUCAAUUAUAAUCAAUUCUUAAUGCAUCGUUGAGAUUGAUCAAAACCGUGGACAAAAUUGUCAUCAAAUUUAACAUGUUAUGAACAAAUUGCAGGAAACAGUGACCGGUGGUAUGGAAUUAGCUCCUAUGUUGGCAGCGAAAAGAAAGGAAGGCACGAGAUGGCCUUUGCACACCAGUGAUGUGACAAGAAUAUAUGAUCCAAAAUCUAAGUAACAUAAUUAUUACGAGUAGAUUACUUUUUUUUUUUUUAAUAUACAUUCGAAUUUUAAUGAUUUGAAAAAAGCUGUAAUUAUUACAUUUUUUUUUUGUUAUUGUUUAUAUUAUAAUAUAAAUUCAAUAACUAACUGUUAAUGUAUAACGCGUUCAUCAAUAUUUUAAAACACGUUGUGUACGUUUUGUUUCCAGUUUCUUAAUUGACGAAAAAGAAUAUCACAAUUUUCUCGAAGGGCAGAUAAAUGGACGCGAAGAACGAAAACAGGUAAAUAAGUAUCUCAUUAUAGUGUAUACAUUUUCAAAACGUGAUCUUGAGGAAAAUUAAAAUUAUUUGAAAUUCUACUUUAAUGAUAACUGUACCUACUUUCAUUACAUUUGUUUAAUAUUCAUAUUAGUACUUAUUUAUAUGCGUUUUUAGAUUUCUAAUAAUGAUUCUAUCUCUGGGAAAAUAUUUACGUUGAAUAUGUACCUAUAAUAUUGUAUAAUUAUGCACGAGUACAUGACUUGUUUUGCGUUAUAAAUUCUUACAGAACCCGAUCGAGUUCUCUUAAAAAAAAACAAAAUAUAUUUUGUUCUCCUCUUUAUUAUCAGUAAUCAAGUUAGAUUAGUUUGUUGCAGUUCACCAUAUCUCUUUGCUGUCGUUAAUUAUUUUAGAUCCUUGUAUUUUUCCCUAUCCAUGUUCUUCAUUAUUUGAGUCAUUUACGCUGCCCUUAUUUUGCCUCUUCCCACAUAUCUUUAAACAUUUCCUUCGAUUAUUAUUGUUUUUAAUAGACUUUCAUAUCUUAAUAUGACCUAUCAUAAUAUUAUCUUUUCUGGAUUGAAUUCAUUUCCACAGUUGCCGUUUUUCCUUCGUCCUGUUUAAAAGCUUUUUAUUUUUAACUCAUACAAUUUUCAGCACUUUUGUGAAACACCAUGUUUCCAGUUAUUUUUUUAAUUUUCCUAAUACACAAGCUGGCGAUAUUAGUAAUGAGUAAUAACUAACGGACAAGAUAAAGAUCGACCGUCAUCUGUUUUACUAUUGAGUUGCUUCCCAGAUAUGAGGUGUAUUGCAAAUAAAAUGAACCGGAUUUUACGGGUCAAAUGAACCACGUUAAUCGGUCGUGUUGAACCUGUAGUUUAUAUACAUAUUAAUUUGUCUUUCUGUUUUCAGAACGAACACGACGAAGACAUAAUAGAAGGCCAGAAACACCACGCGAAUUGGAACGAAUUUUGGGGUAGGCCCGGCGGCGGAGCGCCGAAAGGAACAAAACGGCAAAAAGAAAAUCUCGAAUACAUUCUCUAUCAGUUGCCGGUAAUCAACAGGUUGAAAGAAAAAGAAGAUAGCAAAAAACCGGAAAAAUAA